UAAUUAUUAAUUAUUUAUAAGUUAUUUUAGAGUUUUAAGUAUUGACUAUUGAAUACUUGCUUUUUGACUAUUUCAGAGUAAGCUAUUAUAAUAUACCACUUUAUGUGUCCUACUGCAGCAGUAGAACAAUAUAAGAAAUACUUAAAUAGUUAUGAAUAAUUAAUAAUAAUAGUUAUUAAUAAUUAUGAAACAUUUACUGACACUUUGAGAUUUCUAUAAUUUGUAAUGGGUUGAAAUUGCAAGGCGUUGAAAUGGACAAACUUACUGUUAUAUCGGGAACUUUAUUCUUAUUGGCCGAUGUAUUUGCAAUCAUCAGUUUGGCGAUGCCUGACUGGAUCAUAACCGAUGUAGGAGGUGACACUAGAUUGGGAUUGAUGUGGACGUGUAUGACUCUCUUUAACAGACCACAAGUGUGUUUCACUCCUGAUCUGAGACUUGAAUGGUUAUUGGCUUUAGUCAGUAUUUUCAUUGGAUGUAUAUGUAUUACUACUACCAUAAUUUUACUGGCCUCUUCACAUUGGGACCGUAAUGUCAUACCAUAUGCACGUUGGGUUGGAUUUACUGCCAUGGUACUAUUUUGUUUUGCUGCCGUGGUAUUUCCAAUGGGUUUUCAUAUACCAGAGAUUGGUGGUCAACCAUAUCAACUACCAAACAGUCAUCAAGUUGGCAUUUCAUAUAUUUUAUUUGUCUUGUCACUCUGGGUAACUGUAAUAUCUGAGUUAUUUGCUGGAAAAGUGUGUUUACCUCAUUUUUAAAAGUACUUGUAGACUACAAAGUGUUUGUUGUUUGUAUUAUUGAACUCAAAUUUUGUCAAGUUUGAAAGCAAGAAAAUUAAGUUGAAUUAUGAGGAAAUAAAAUAUUGAUGUCCAUAAAUUUUUUUAAGAAAAUGGCUUAAAGAAUUAGAACCAAAAACUCUAAUAUAUUAGAACCUUAUUAAUCCGGACUAAUAGGGGCUCUAAGUUGUCCAAUUUAUAGAAAGUACGGAUUAAACAAAAUAACCAAAAAACAUGUCCCUAUUAUAGUUUUAUGAAUAUCAUAUUAAACUAAUUACUAUAUAUAAUCAUGAUUAUUAUAUAUUUAGGCACACUUUCAUUAACUGGUUUGAAAAAACUGCUAGUCUUUUGUUGUCUUCCUUUAGCAUUUAUUUUUUGUAUUUAUAAUUCAUGUAGAUGCCUCAAAUGUUCGUAAUAUGUAGAUAUUUUUUCAUCGUCGUGACGAUGUUAGACAAUAUUAGACAACUGUCUGGACUAAUGGGGUCCGGAUUAAUGAGGUUCUACUGUAUAAUUAUUGGAAGCUAUAUAACAAUAACAUCAUGCCAAAAAUACGCAUUCCUAAUGAUAAAUUCAUUUUUAAAAACAAAAAUCUUGUACAUUUUUAAGUUAUAUACAACUAUUUUAAUAAAAUAAAAUGA